CGGCGGCGCCGAGAGGGGCACGGUGGUCGUGAGGCGGCCGCGCUCGGCCUCGCUCGCAGCCCCGGCGCAGGAGCGGCGGCACCGCCGGGGAUGGCUCAGGUUGAAAGAAGAAAAGGAGACCUGCUUGUCCAAUGAAGAUGCAGUCUUAGUCUUCAGCUAUUUAAGCUGAAUGCAUUGUGAUUUCCAAUAAUUGAGACAGUGAUUCUGAAAGCUGUCUACAUUAAUGAAAAGAACAAUGUAGUCAGCUUAACUGAAUCAUCAGUGUUGCAUAUUGAAUAGAACACGAUAAACCAAUCCCGAUGGACUCGUGCAUGUUAGGAGUAUAGAUAUAAACAUUUAUUAGAGCGUUGGUUUGUUUUUUUAAGAGACAGUAGUUUUAACAAUGGAGAACUAUGAAGGUGUACCACCCCUCCCUAAAGAACCCGCGAGAGAAAUGAAUGUGGAGAACCAGAGUUGUCCCCCACCUCUGCCGCCCAACGAACAGCCUCCACCACCUCCCCUGCAAACGUCCAGUGACGCAGAGGUAAUGGACGUUGGCUCUGGUGGUGAUGGACAGUCAGAUAGCCCUGCUGGGGACACGCCCGGGCUCUGCAGGACUCAGCUGCUCACCAAGGGAUCUGCCUGCUACAAGAGCCGCCUCAUCGUAGACCCCGCCGGCGGCGACCAAAGCCCCAGAACCGCUCGUCACGCCCCGUCGGUCCGCAAGUUCACCCCAGAUCUUAAGCUGCUGAAGGAUGUGAAGAUUAGUGUUAGCUUUACAGAGAGCUGCAAGAGCAAAGACAGGAAAGUUCUGUACACUGGAGUUGAGCAGGAUUAUAAGGCAGACGCAGAGUUUGGUGUUAAUAAUGUCAAUGGGGAUUUGCAUGUUUGUCCUUUCGGUGGUAGUAACGGUAAAGCUGUAGGAAUAGGGGGAGACAGUGAGGACAAGAAGGAUGAUGAAAAUGAUAUUGAUCAGGAAAAGAGAGUGGAAUAUGCAGUUCUGGAUGAGCUAGAAGACUUUACCGACAAUUUGAUGGAAAUAGAUGAAGAAGGAGGAGGGUUCACAUCUAAAGCAAUCGUUCAAAGAGAUAAAGUGGAUGAAGAAACUUUGAAUUUCUCAUAUGAGGAUGACUUUGAUAAUGAUGUGGAUGCUCUGCUGGAAGAGGGUCUUCGAGCACCCAAAACAAGGAGACUGGAUAAUGAGAAAUAUGGUGGUGAGAGCGAUCACCAGUCUGAUGGAGAAACGAGUGUGCAGCCAAUGAUGACCAAAAUUAAAACUGUCCUGAAGAGUCGUGGCCGCCCUCCUACAGAGCCUUUGCCAGAUGGAUGGAUCAUGACAUUCCAUAACUCGGGCAUCCCUGUAUAUCUGCACAGAGAAUCCAGAGUUGUUACCUGGUCUAGACCUUAUUUCUUGGGAACAGGAAGCAUAAGGAAACAUGAUCCUCCCCUUAGUAGCAUUCCUUGCUUUCAUUACAAAAAAAUGAAGGAAAAUGAGGAAAGGGAACAAAACAAUGACAUAACCCCAAAUGGGGAGGUAUCACCCGUAAAGCAUCUAGAGAAAUCCUCAGAACUGGACUGCCAAACAGAAGAACCAGAUUCCACUGCUGCUGAUUCUGGGCCUUUAGAUGACAAAGACCCCUCUGGGGGAGAUGCAGCACAAGGAGCCUUGGGACAAGUUAAGGCCAAAGUUGAAGUAUGUAAAGAUGAAUCUGUAGAUCUGGAAGAUUUCCGGCGCUAUCUGGAGAAGCGAUUUGACUUCGAGCAGGUGACGGUGAAGAAGUUCCGGACGUGGGCGGAGCGGCGCCAGUUCAACCGCGAGAUGAAGCGCAAGCAGGCCGAGGCCGAGCGGCCCAUCCUGCCUGCCAACCAGAAACUCAUCACCCUCUCUGUGCAGGAUGCACCUAUCAAGAAAGAGUUUGUCAUUAAUCCCAAUGGGAAGUCUGAAGUUUGCAUACUGCAUGAAUAUAUGCAACGAGUCCUGAAGGUUCGCCCUGUUUACAAUUUCUUUGAAUGUGAGAACCCAAGUGAACCUUUUGGAGCCUCAGUUAUUAUUGAUGGAGUAACCUAUGGGGCAGGAACUGCCAGCAGCAAAAAACUUGCCAAGAAUAAAGCUGCUCGAGCUACACUGGAAAUCCUUAUUCCCGACUUUGUUAAACAGACCUCUGAGGAGAAGCCCAAAGACAGUCAAGAACUUGAGUAUUUUAACCAUAUCAGUAUUGAGGACUCACGGGUAUAUGAACUCACCAGUAAAGCUGGACUCUUGUCUCCAUAUCAGAUUCUCCAUGAGUGCCUUAAAAGAAACCACGGAAUGGGAGAUACAUCCAUCAAGUUUGAAGUGAUUCCUGGGAAAAAUCAGAAGAGUGAAUACGUGAUGACGUGUGGGAAGCACACGGUGCGAGGCUGGUGUAAGUACAGGGCUGGGGAGUCCUGCCCUGCCUGGCUCCUGGGGGCUGGGGAGCUGUUCCUGCUCUGCUGUCCCAGUUCUGACUGA